AUGUCCAUAUUAGAAGUUCAUCAACUGGUGGUAGUUCAGGGCCUGACCAGCGACCGCGGAAAGAGAUUGAAUGGAAGUGUGGGCAAGGCGUUGCCAUCGUCUUCCAAAGGAACCGAACGAGUUCCCGUGGUUGGUGUGGUGGAAGGAGAAAUCAUGGCCAUCAAACGGGAAAACCUCCAAUUCUUGUCCCACCAUGAUGUUUGGCAAGUGGGAGCGGGUCGACCCAAUUUCCGAAUUCCUACUCUGAAGGGUGUGGUCAUCCAUGAGACUUCCGGACAAACUCUGGUACAGCACCACUUCAACGACGAGGGACGCGCCCAGGUCAAUUUGAUGGUGAUUUCCAUGGCUUUGGCAAGAUUCAUGUUGUUGGAUACGGCACAAAAUCCACGACGAGCCGUCUUUCUACCCACCGAUCUCAACAUUGCCCGGGCGUUGCAAAAGGCCACACACAACACUGGUGUUCACUUGGGACCCAAGCUGGAUGCCAUUUUUCAACGCACCGUGCAAGUUUUGCGCCAACUCCAAACCGAGAAACACUUGGAUGUUGCCUUUUAUUAUGCGCCUCCACGGGUUGCUCCGUUGGACGACAACACUGGAAACCAACGUCUCCAAGCGGUCCUUCACGGUUGCUACAAGCACUAUCCUUGUCCUCACGAGGACUACUUGGAUGCACAUGAAGUCCGUUAUGCGGCACAGGACGACGACGACGACCAGGUGAUAAUUGCACACGAAAUGUACCUGGAGUAUGGACUGCAAGAAACUUUAGCUUAUGUCCAACAUGCCGUGGCGUUGGGAGAAACGGCACGAUUGACUCCCACCGCCAUGGCCCAACGAGAUCCUCCCGCCUUUUGGUCCGCUGUCUUGCAUUUGGACGACUUUCUCCACGCACUUAACAGUGCAGGCGUCUCUACCCAAGAAUGGCAGGGUGUCUUGCAGGGAUGUGCCACAAGUCAAACGUAUUGGACCCAUGCCCGGCGGUGUUCAUCCUCGCAGCUGUCACACAGUGUGCAAGGAAUGGACUGGGGGAUUGGCAAUACGGAUGUCAAGCACAAGAAAUUGUCCACACAGUACGCCAUUUUUGCCCUGGUUGCCGUAAUCGAUGCUGCUCACAAGCAGUACAAGGGGAUGCACCACAAAAUUGUCUUGCAAGAUCAGUACAAGGGCACGGAAAUUGGCAAAUGUUUUGAUACCUUUGGGGCCACACAACAGAAAAUAGCCAAACUCAAAGCCAGAGGAAAUGUUCCUACACAAGUGACGGAUCAACUUUGGAACAAGGCGUUUGCCCAAUUAGGAUUCGGAAAUGACGCCAUGGACACAGCAUCGGACCCCAAGGCAUUCUGCGGGGGCGGUUGUGGUUGCACCAAUCUCAAUAUUCUCUUUGAAUGUUCCAAAUGUGACGGUGCCGUCUACUGCAGCAAGAAAUGUCAAAGGCGGGCUUGGAAACAACACAAGAAAACUUGCUCUCCCGUCAUGACAGAGGGUGCACAGCUUAUACGACAGCUCCGUUUGCAAGGAAACGACAUUUCGUUCCAAUCUGGAUCCCCCACCGCAGGGAUGCUCGAGUCCUGCAACGGGCCAACGGUAAUCUCCGAAGCCAGUUCUCUGGGCAACCUCGGCCUUUUACUGAAACUUCUGGAUGGCAAGUCCAUUCUGAACUUCUCAACCGGACAUCAGGGUGUGAAUCAGGCGGAAUUCCAGAACAUUCUGGCGGGAAGAGCCACAUCGGAUUCUAUUUUGCUGUUCGAAACGCUGUACGAUCUUCCCAUUUUGGAACGCUUCUUGGUGGCAUGUGGACCCCUGAAGAAUCAUCAAGUGGCACAAGCCUCGUUGGACGACGCGCUGCGUUUUGUGGGAGGCAAUCUCCACAAUCUACGGAUCCGUGCGUGCGGCUUUACCGCGCUCGAGUGGGCGGCCAAGAAGGGCAACAAAGAGAUCGUGGAAUGGUUGUGUACCGAUCCUCGAACCCAGGGAUUGAUACACAUUGGAUCUCCCGUCGGUUGGGCGUGUUACACGGGAAAAGUGGACGUGGCCAGAGUCCUGGUAGAACACGGAGCCAGCCCAUCCGCCACCCACCCCAUCCUUUGGGGCAACUUGCAUCCUCUCUUUGCGGCGGCUCAGAACGGUCAGUUGGAGGCAAUCCAGUGGUUGGUGGAGGAAAUGGGGCAGGAUGUUCACUUGGUGGAUGCCAACGGAAACGGCAUCACAAAGCACAUCAAAGACGCACCCAAUUGGAAAGACAUCGAAAGUCACAAGCAAUGUUAUUAUUGGGCCAAACAAAAGCUAGGGUCCAAUGAGUAG